AUGGGUGUAACACCCGGCUACCAACAAAAGUGUACACCGGCUACGCAGAUAGUUUUUGUAAAAACACACAAGACAGGCAGUACAACAACUGCAUCAAUGCUUGAACGAUAUGGCCAGAAGCACUCACUUAUAUUUGCUCUUCCCAAAAAAAACCAUAUAUUUUCGACAACUGAAUUAUUCAAUAGGAAUAUGGUCACCAAAAUAGAGUUUGGAAUUACACUCAACGGAAAUAUAGUAAAUGGAUAUAACAUCCUUACAAACCAUGCGAGAUAUAAUCGUCCAGAAAUGGACGCUGUGAUCCCGAAUGCAGCGUUUGUUACCAUCUUAAGAGAACCGACGGCCCAACUCGAAUCAGCCUUCGGGUACUUUCAUUUGGCUGACGGGUGGGGGUUGGAGAAUACGUCAAAUGCCUUGGCGAUGUUUAUGAAAGCUCCAAAAGCAUAUUUCGAGAAACCAUUCCUUUUUUCGCAUCUAUCAUUCAAUGCACAGCUGUACGAUCUUGGUUUAGAUCACCAGUUCCACAGUGACAGAUUUAAAGUAGAUUGUAAAAUCCGUCAACUGGAGAAUGAGUUUGAUUUAGUAAUGAUUUUGGAAUAUUAUGAUGAAUCUUUAAUACUACUUAAACAAGUAUUGUGUUUAGAGUAUGAUGAUAUAAUAUAUAUUAAAUUAGCUCAACGACAGCAACGAAACAAGUAUGACGUAAGUCCUAAACUGCGCGAACAAAUGCGACGAUGGAACCGCAAUGAUGCCAGAUUGUAUAACCAUUUUAAUACAACAUUUUGGAAAAAAAUUAACGCAAAUAAAAAACAGUUUGACAAAGAACUUAGAGAAUUCCACAAUAUUCAAGAUGAGGUUACAAAGAGGUGCGUUGAACACGUAACAUUAAAUGAUGGAUCAACUAAGAGACAAAUUCCAUUAAAUAGUUCAAAAGAUGAAGUUCGUUUUUGUAAAAGGAUUUACAAGGGAGACGUGCCUUUUGUAAAGGAUCUCCGGCAGCAGUACAUUGAAUUAGGUCUCAUUAAGCCACAAGAAAUGUAA